AAAACACGCUUGGUUGGCGGAAAUACGCAUUACAACCCUUUUUCUCGAUAUCUGUUAAAUAUUAAUCAUUUGAAGAUGCGCUACGCUCGCGAUUUACGAUUUACGAUUUACACACGCUGGUUGAAAGUUUUUUGAUGUCUUGUUCGAAUUGAUUAAUUUGAAAAGGAUUUAUCAACAUUUUCGAGAACGGUAUUCAUCAUUCAUCUACUUGAACAAGGUAUUCCAGGAAAAUUUCCAUGAACGUUUGCGUUCAUUUCUGAACAUGCCCCAUACAGGACAAGCCGGUGUUAAUCAAUUAGGCGGUGUUUUUGUGAAUGGACGUCCAUUACCUGAUUGUGUUCGAAGACGAAUUGUAGAAUUAGCUCUAAUGGGCGUACGGCCUUGCGAUAUUUCUAGACAGCUCCUCGUGUCUCAUGGUUGCGUUUCAAAAAUUUUGACCAGAUUUUACGAAACUGGUUCAAUAAAACCUGGAUCGAUCGGCGGUAAUAAGAAUAAGCAUAGUGUGAAUGCGACAACAAUGGUGAAAAAAAUAUUCAGAUGUAAGCAAGAAAAUCCGACGCUAUUUUCGUGGGAAAUUAGAAAUCAUUUACGAGGUCAAACUAAUUGGGAUCCUAAUUUCGCAGCAACCAAUAAUCCAUCAGUGAAUAAGAUGCUUCGCAACAGUCAAAACACACGUAACAAUUACGAUAAAAACAUGGAAAAAUUAAAUACAGAUCUGCAAAGCAAUAUUUACCUCGAACGGUCACGAUCUUAUUACGCUAAUCAAACAAAUAUCUGUCAGUAUAACUGGAUAAGCAACAGUACCGAACAUAUUCAACCAAAUUACACUAUUCAAGAACAACAGUUACCAUAUCGACAAGUCGAUACUCAUCAAAAAGACGACUUCUUCGAAUCUACCACCAAAAGAGACUCGCUGACGUUACAAAUUUCGGAAAAACCUCCUCCGCAUGAAAGCGUUUCACGAAAUGCAUCGAAUAUGAAAAAAAGCUCGUAUUCUGUGGAGGAAUUGUUGAAAAAAGACGAUAACGCGGAAUCGUCAAAAAUUCAUUCUUUAUUCUAUUCCAUACCUCCUUGUGGUUUACUAUUGGAUAAAAGUUGUACUUGUAAUUUAAGGUUUAUUUCUGAAAAAUAAAUAUCAAAUAAGUAUAUUUAUGGGUAGGAAUUAUUUUUGAAUUGGAUUUCUGGUGACCUGUAACCAACAUUAACUUGCACAAUUCAGGGACGAAUUUUCGACUGUAAGUAGUACCUAGGUACCUAUUUACAAAAAAAAAAAAAAAAAAAAUGCCUACAAUUUAGUUUGUAGGAUCAUUGGUAUAAUUAUUAUUUGAUUAGGUACCAAUUUCCUUUCACAAAGAUGGAUGAGUAGUUAGAUUAAUUCAUUUGAAUAGGUAAACAUCAAUAAUUGUGACGCGGCCAGCGAUACCAUACCAUAUGUCGGAAAACUUUUUUUUGAGAUAAUCGCGUUUUCAUGGAAAAAGUCAGAAAAUAUCAAAAAAAAAUUUUUUGUCGAUUCAUAUACUAUGAAGCCUAUACUUGUCUUUGGAAUGGGUGUACCCACCGAUCUCAAACACGUCGUUUUAGUGGUGAAAAACCGGUUUUACAAAAGUGCUUUUCAUAAAAAAAUGUCAAAAAAAAUAUUAUGAUGUAAAACCAUUAAAAGAUGAAGAAAAUCAAAAAAAAAAAAAAAAAUUUAAAAAUGUUACAAAAAUAACCCAAACUUUCAAACACGUUUUUCUCAGAAUUUUGGUUUUUGAAUUUCAAAAAAUACGCAACUUUGAAAUUUUGAAAAUUUGUCAGAUUUUAAUAUUUUGAAAAUCUGUUUGCACCAUUGAAAAGAGGAAGAAAAACACUACCAGAAACCACAAUAAAACGAUAAACGAAAAAAAUUUUUGCCGACAUAUGGUAUGGUAUCGCUGGCCGCGUCACAAUUAUUACAUAGGUACCUAUAAAGAAAAAUUACCCAUACCUAUAGGUUCUAUUCCUGCUCGUUUAGUUGAAAAAUAAAAACUUCAUGUACUUAGGUGCAUUAAUUUUACCUACUUUACCUACCUAUUUUUUUUCAGUAUGAGAUUUCAACUCAGAUGAUGUAAAACUGAAGAUUUGUCGAAUCGAUGAAGUAGAAAUAAAAAAUUGGAUGUGUCGAAAAUUUUUUAUUCUUUCACCAUCUAAUUUUCAAAAUUUAAAACCAAAUGAAUUUCUGUGCAGAAGGAAAGGGGGAUUUCCCCAGGCUCAAGCUUUUUUUGAGAGCUAGCCAAUGGCCUACCAGAGAUCUAAAAAAAAGCAUAACAUUGUUCCAAGAGAAAAAUA